UUGGCUUCAGGGCUAGAAAAGUGCGUGGAUGCCGGCAGCAGCAAUGAGUCCUUGGAGGCGCUGGCAGGUCCGCGUCGCCGAGGAGCGGCUGUUGCUGCUGCUGCUGGUGGCGGCGGCUUCUUUGCAGAUGUAUUGCUGGUCUUGAACAUUAUCCCAUUUGAAAACACCAAGGAGGGUCAGUCACCAGGAUGUCCAAGCAUAAACUUAUUAUGUUAAGACAUGGAGAGGGUGCUUGGAAUAAGGAGAACCGAUUUUGCAGCUGGGUAGAUCAGAAACUGAACAGUGAAGGACUGGAGGAAGCUCGGAACUGUGGGAAGCAACUCAAAGCACUGAACUUUGAAUUUGAUCUUGUGUUCACAUCUAUCCUUAAUCGAUCCAUUCACACAGCCUGGCUGAUCCUGGAAGAGCUGGGGCAGGAAUGGGUUCCCGUGGAGAGCUCCUGGCGUCUGAACGAGCGUCAUUAUGGAGCCUUGAUUGGCCUCAACAGGGAGAAAAUGGCAUUGAAUCAUGGUGAAGAACAAGUGAGGCUCUGGAGAAGAAGCUACAACGUGACUCCACCUCCCAUUGAUGAAUCCCAUCCCUACUACCAUGAAAUCUACAGUGACCGGAGGUACAAAGUCUGUGAUGUACCCUUGGAGCAAUUGCCACGAUCUGAAAGCUUGAAGGACGUUCUAGAGAGACUCCUUCCUUACUGGAAUGAAAGGAUUGCUCCUGAAGUGCUAAAAGGCAAAACCAUUCUGAUAUCUGCUCAUGGGAACAGCAGUAGAGCCCUCUUGAAACAUCUGGAAGGUAUCUCGGAUGAAGACAUCAUCAAAAUCACUCUUCCCACUGGAGUCCCGAUUCUGUUGGAGCUGGAUGAGAACCUGCAUGCUGUUAGGCCUCACCAGUUCCUGGGUGACCAAGAAGCCAUCCAAGCAGCCAUUAAGAAAGUGGAGGAUCAAGGAAAAGUGAAACAAGCCCAAAAAUAAAGUCCUUUGCAGUUCUGUCGAGGAAUAGAUGCCAAAGGAGUGGCAGGCAUGCAGUGUGUUCUGGGUGCUGAUCUAUUUUUCUCCCUCUCUCUCUUUCCUGAUUGCAUCUUCCCUGGGCUAGGCCAUGUGGUACAGUUGGUGUAGGUAGCCAGGUAACUUAGCCAGGUCCAGAAAAGGCUUUAGGAUGCCUAAGUGCUCAUGUCAUAAGCCUUAGGAGUUAGCUUCCCUUACCAAACCAGUAACCAGUAGGGUUUAAUCAAGGUUGUUAAGUGUCUGAGAUGAGAAAGUAAAAAGUAGAGAUGAAGGUUAAGGUAUUUUGUAGUUUAACAAAUCAUCCCUGAGUAAUUGACACUUUUCCAAUAAAUCAGUUUUUAAUAAGACUUUCUGAAAUGAUAAGUAUUUCUAGGUAACACACUAUGCAUAAAUAUUUAUUUCUAGUCUUUUCCUCGAGGCAAAGGGAUGCUUUGUCAGUUAAGAUCAGAAUGGGAAAGUCACAGAUGGGUCCCUUCAAGAAGGCCAACUCCCGCCUGAGGAGCAUUAGCAAGGCCCUUUAGCCUCCUUAGCGCAGUUAUCCUUGGUUUCACAUUCAGUAGAAUUCCUCUUUGGCCAUUAGAGUGAGCAAGAAUAUAGACAUUGCUGGGUGUUUAUGUUCCUUUUUUGUUUUGCUUUGGUGGGUUGUUUUUUUUUUUUUUUUUUUUUUACUUUGAUCUUUGGGUACUCGUAGUUGGUUGCAAAUAAAAUUCUCUGACAAAAAAAAUGA